AUGUACUUCCUCUCUCGACGCUCUGCGGAACCAUCAAGGGCGUCUUCUGAUCUGGACAUAGCUGGAGGAAGAAGCGCUGCAGCAGAUACUAGUACCGUUCCCCAGGGGAAAUAUCCAAAUCGUGUUCUUAAACGCGUCACCACCCUCUUCAACCCUAGAAAAAGAACUUCGUUCAAGAAUGCCAGCCCCGUGGGCAGCCACGGAGCAGUCGGAUUCAUUCGUGAUGCCGCUGCAGCAUAUCCCCGGCCGUCUAGUGAUUCCUCCACUGCAUCACCAGACGAAAUCAGGAGACCCAGUGGCCUGGGACGCAGGGCCAGUUUAAUGGAGUCUUUACCGUUACACGGUGAAAGUAUCGAUCUAGAGCGGUCAAACGGAAGUGGAGGAUUGCUUGCAGAACACACAACACAUACAGGUGUCACGAUCCAGAGCCUUCCUACGGAGCUGUUAGAGGCAAUUCUGUCUUUCUUGCCCAGGUUCGAUUUACCGCGUAUUGCCCUUGUUUCGGCUCAGCUCUGCAAUGCCUCGCGUAACACACUAUAUCGGAUACUCGACUUCCAAUCAAUAUCAGAGCCACAAGUUAAAAAGCUUUGUAAAAUUCUUGCUACCCAUGCGUCUCUCACUACGAGGGUUCAAUCUUUCUCAUGUCACUUCUGGCCAGCAUCUGAGGGCCAUCUCAUACCAUCUCUUGAUCUCACGACUGCGUUGCAUAAUAUGUCAAACUUGGAAUAUCUUACGCUUCGAACAUUUCUUGCGGUAUUUUCGCAGUCGCCUCCUCUUUCUUUCCGGUUGAAGACACUGGUCAUCCUUGAUGACACAAUUUCUGAGGAGCAAUUCAUCGACAUUCUACAUUUCCUCAGGAAUCAAUCCUCCCUACAAUAUCUAGCCUUUCCCAAUGUCGUCGAGAACCCUUCACCCGAAUCUUCCUUCCAUCAACACAUAUUCAUACCUGGUCUAGCACGGGAGAUGUUACCAUCGCUCUCUCAACUGCAUGCUCCUCCACGACUGACGAUGGCAAUAUGCUCCUUACUGGGACAAACACUUGAAACUGUUGUUUUGGAUGUCACCACCACGCUGUACACGGGGUUGCGGCCUGCCGCACUCCUCCGUGCAAUUCAAGGCGUCUCCAAACUGGAUGUGGUCUUCACUCACGAGGUGGACAAACGAACAGUUGAAAAAUUCUUGGGUGCUGCCGGUGGAAUUUUGUCAGGUAGCGGCGCUGCCGAUAGCCGCAGCCUCAUGGCUUUGGAGGUAGAGGUGCUUUGGAUGGAAGACGACACCGCCGAGAUACUAUAUGGCAUCAUUGAUGCAGUCAUCUCGCGUUUUAAUGGUUUGCGCACGCUCAAGGUCACCACACCAUUUCGCUCCAGGCAGUCACGACUGUUGACGCCCCCAUUAUCUGGCUCCCUGCAACUGUCAGCACCAUCAUCCCCUACUCCCACAACGCCCUCGCUUAGCAUUUCCUCGAUGUCGAUUACUUCACCUGUGGGUGUUGUCCUAUCGAGCGACUUUGUGAGCUCGGGCACAGAGAAGACACAUGCCAAAAUAUGGACGAAAGCUUGCUCUACGUUGAGUGACAUCCAAUUUUGUUUUCCGGAUCCAUCGCCCGAGGCAGACAUUGGACUGUGUGGAGUCUGGUUUCGCAGGAAAGAGUGA